AUGGAAAUCUGGGUUUGUGUUCUUGGCUGGUUUGCCUCCAUUCAAACGAUGAUUGGGAAUGGAUUUGUCAUCUUUCUGGUGAGCAGUAAACGGCAUCUCCGAACCAAAACCAACGCUUUUAUUGUUUCUCUCGCAGUUGCAGACUUUCUUGUUGGGAUGCAGGUUUUUCCUUCCAUUUUUUUCUUAGAAGUAAUCGGCCGCAGUGAUCAAGGCUUGUAUAUCAUCUUACUACGGUUGAGAUGGCUCUUCCAGGAUGCAUCAGUUCUGAGUAUGUGCAGUUUAGUUCUGGAUCGUUACUUAGCCGUUGUGAAACCUUUAAAAUACUUAACUUUUAUGACUUCAAGACGUGUUAUCCAACUUAUUUCCUUCUCAUGGGGGAUCUCAGUAGCUGUUAUUUUACUUCAGUCGUUUCUGUUGGUUAAGUUAAAUGCAUAUGUUCUUUUUUCUUCUUUCAAAGUGCUGGUU